GUGUGCUCUCAAAGUGCAAAGUUGAAAUGUGUCGUAGACGGGAGGUACUUCCACGACAGAAUAGGGGUAAAUGUGGCUAAGAAUUGAAUGGAUGUCUGUGGUUUUCUCAUUCUCUUCAAGGAAAUUAUGUAAUUUCUCAUUCAAAGACAUUAGUAGAGGGCAAGUAACAAAAUGCAAGCUAAUUGCAUUGCAUUCCCAGAAAAGUGGACAGCGCAUGGAUAAGCUACUUGAUACAUUGUAACAUUCAGGGAAGUAAAUGGACAGCAUGGAAUUUCACAAGUAAGUUUUACUGAUACAUUUUUGCGUUAUUGUUUAUGUUGUUUUUUUUGCUACAGAAUGCACACUAGUUCAAUUAAGGAUAUUUGACAGAAGAUUCCCGAAAGUAGUUUGGCCAAAGCAAUCUUCUCGGCGUAGAAUGCCACGCAGGCAAUAGCCUACUACCACUAUACUACUACCCAAACUAAAGAAACGAAGUAGGCUAUGACCCGCGAAUGCAUUAACAAGAUACUGUGACAUUAUAUGUAGAUUUAGGCCAACUAAAAUGAGGGCGAUAAAGAUAAGGAAAUACUUUAGGGGUAGUGGGAGGGUACUUGCAUUUGUUUUCAUUGCAUCUAUUAUUUGGCUGCUGUUCGACAUGGCAGCGCUUCGCCUGUCAUUAAAUGACGUUAACAGCCAACUUUUAAAAGAAAGCGUAGUAAAGGAAAGGCAGGCUGUCAGACAGCAGGCCACGAAACGUACUAAGUUAGUGCAUAGGGGGUUUAAAAAUCCAGUACAGAGAGUAGACUUGGACCUGGACGAGGCAGGUAAUAAAGAUCCACUCCAGGAUGAAAAUAAAGUCCUUGAAGUGUACAGGAAGCGAGGACCCGCUGUCAAAAAUGACCCACAGUUUAUGGACAAAGUAAACUCGCAUGAGCAACAAGGAGGGAAUGCCCGACCAAAGUUAGAACAUGCUGUCAUCUUUAAGCAUAACCAAAUCGAGCCUGUGCAUCAUGUCACAGUACACUUGAGUGUGCCUUUGAAUACGAAAGCACCUGUCAAAGAUCCUUUGCCCGUCAAAGAUGUGUCAAAAAAGGCAGUGGACUUGGUGCUGGAGGAUGGGAAAGUAGGACCUACGGAGAGGGAUAAGAUUGUGGCAUUCCCUGCAGCAGUAGGCUCGAACUUUACCAAAGUGCCACCUGGUGUUCAGGAAGGAAAACAUGUUGAAACGCCUGCCUCAAAAAAUACAGGAGAGAACCAAGAGGGAAAUAUAGACCUAGUGCAAAAAGGCAAAGAAAAUAUUGACUCCAAGACACAGAAGAAAGUCAAAAACUCACUUGAGCCUGGCAAACAAGAAAGCUUUAUUAAAGACAAAGUUGCAGUGGACUACACAGUUAAACCUGUCAAAAAUGAUGUACUAAAAGGAGAAGAGGUGAUUGUCAACAAAGAGGACAAACAGAUCAAUGAGCUUGAUAAAGGUAACCCUGAAGCCCUAAAGGAGUCCUUACCACCUACAGCAAAGCCAAAACGCCAACAAGGAGUUCCCACAAAUUCCACAGUUGUUCGAAACACAGGCGUCCACAAAGUGCUGGCAUUAGACAUGACCCAAGCGCCUAGAGAUGCCAACGCAAUUGGGCAAUUUGGGCAAGCAGCCAUGGUGCCCAGUGACAAAGAGCAGGAGGUGAGGAACCGUUGGAAUGAGGGCCAUUUCAACGUCUACCUGAGUGACCAGAUCCCUGUGGACAGAGCCAUCCCAGACACCAGACCUCAUACGUGUUCUGAGAGUGUGGUCCAUGAUUACUUGCCCACCACCAGUGUGAUAUUCUGCUUUGUGGACGAGGUGUGGUCCACUUUGCUCCGGUCUGUCCACAGUGUCCUCAACCGGUCUCCACCACACCUUCUCAAAGAGAUCAUCCUGGUGGAUGACUUUAGUGCCAAAGAAUAUCUCAAGGACCAUCUGGAUGUGUACAUGUCCCAGUAUCCCAAAGUACGGAUCGUCCGUCUGAAGGAGCGGCAGGGCUUGAUCCGAGCUAGGCUGGCAGGAGCCGCCAUUGCCAAAGGUGACGUUUUGACCUUUCUUGACUCUCAUAUCGAAUGCAACGUGGGCUGGCUGGAACCUCUGCUGGAGAGAGUGUACAUGGACCGGAGGAAAGUGGCCUGCCCAGUCAUCGAAGUCAUCAGUGACAAGGAUUUGAGCUAUGUGUUGGUUGACAACUUCCAAAGAGGCGUGUUCAAAUGGCCCUUGGUGUUUGGGUGGAGCACGUUAUCAAAGGACACCAUCAAGAAGAAUCACAUGAAGGAUUCAGAUCCCAUCAGAUGUCCUGUCAUGGCAGGAGGCCUUUUCUCCAUCGAUAAGAAGUACUUCUAUGAACUGGGCUCUUAUGAUCCUGGCCUGGAUGUAUGGGGUGGAGAGAACAUGGAGAUCUCUUUUAAGAUUUGGAUGUGCGGAGGUGAGAUCGAGAUCAUCCCGUGUUCCCGAGUGGGCCAUAUUUUCCGAGGCGAGAACCCGUACAAGUUUCCCAAGGACAGGCAGAAGACGGUCGAGCGUAACCUGGCCAGGGUGGCAGAGGUGUGGCUGGAUGAGUACAGGGACCUGUUCUACGGCCAUGGAUACCUCCAUCUGCUGGAUAGGAGUAUCAUCGACAUCGGCAACCUCACAGACCAGAUCGAACUCAGGAAGAAGCUUGAGUGCAAGAGCUUCAAGUGGUACCUGGACAACGUGUACCCAGACAUGGUCGCUCCAUUGGUCAAAGCUGAGGGGCUGGUUUUCAAUCGUGGAGUCAGAAAAUGCCUCGCUCUGCAGGAUGGCUCCCUUGCCUUUGAGACGUGUGAUCUCAGCAAGCUGAGUCAACACUUCAAUUACACCUGGAUGAGGCACGUUCGCCAGAAGGAUGUCUGUGUCACUGCUCAUGGCAAAGGGACCAGUCUGGCUCUGCAGCCGUGUGACAACACGAAGCCACAGCUAAGAUGGCUCCACAAGGCCACCAACUCUGCUCUGGUGGAGCACCUCAUAGCGGAGCAUAGUCCCCGGCGUCUGUGCCUGGAGGCUGGGGCUCUGGAUGACAGCAUACAGCUGAAGGAGUGCCAGUCUACCAGUCCCUACCAGAAGUGGCAGUUCACACAUUACCACACUGUGUGAUGGGAGUACAGGGCUGCAGCACUGUUCCUGCAUUAGAGAUUGACACUAAAGUACUUGACUGUACUCUAUGCAUUUGGAUGUGUUCAGUGUAUUUCUGCAAUGGGAUAUGCAUGGUGCUGCUGGUAUGUUGGUGUGAGGGUGGUGUUGGGACGUGCAAUGCUUUUUUACUUCUCCUUUUUAUCAUGAUCAAGCUUCACUUGGAAUUUUUAAUUUUUGCAUGACUGAGGCCCCGGAAUGAUUUGAAAGGACAGCUGUUACACAGUGUAAUUACAGUUUUGUAUUUGAUGGCAUAGUUUACUGGUGUAGGCUAUACAAAUAAAUAAUAGUUGCAUACUCGUAUACAGUGGCUUAAAGAAGUAUUCACCCCCCCCCCCCCCCCCCUUGGCAUUUUUCCUAUUUUGUUGCCUUACAACCUGGAAUUAAAACAGAUUUUUUUUUUGGGGGGGGGGGGGGGGGGGGUUGCUGUAUCAUUUGAUUUACACAACAUGCCUACCACUUUGAAGAUGUAAAAUAUUUUUCCUUGUGAAACAGAUAAGAAAUAAGACAAAAAACAAACAAAUUGGGCAUGCAUAACUAUUCACCCUCCCAAAGUCAAUAGCAAUUACAGCUGAAAGUCUCUUGGGGAAUGUCUCUAUAAGCUUGGCACGUCUCGCAACUGGGAUUUUUGACCAUUCUUCUCCAGCUCCUUCAAAUUGGAUGGGUUCCGCUGGUGUACAGCAAUCUUUAAGUCAUACCACAGAUUCUCAAUUGGGAUUGAGGCCUGGGCUUUGAUUAGGCCAUUCCAAGACAUUUAAAUAUUGCCCCUUAAAGCAACACUUGAGUGGUUUAUCAGUAUGCGUAGGGUCAUUGUCCUGCUGGAAGGUGAACCUCCAUCCCAGUCUCAACUCUCUGGAAGACUGAAACUGAGACUGUAUUUAGCGCCAUCCAUUCUGACCAGUUGCCCAGUCCCCGCCGAUGGAAAAACAUCCCCACAGCAUGAUGCUGCCACCACCAUGGGGAUGGUUUUCUCGGGGUGAUGAGGUGUUGGGUUUGCCCCAGCCUUAGUGUUUUCCUUGAUGGCCAAAAAGCUCAAUUUUAGUCUCCUCUGACCAGAGUAACUUCUUCCAUAUGUUUGGGGAGUCUCCCACAUGCCUUUUGGUGAACACCAAAUGUGUUUGCUUAUUUUUGUUCUUUAAGCAAUGGCUGUUUUCAGGCCACUCUUCCGUAAAGCCCAGCUCUGGAAUGUACGGCUUAAAGUGGUCCUAUGGACAGAUACUCCAAUCUCCACUGUGGUGCUUUGCAGCUCCUUCGGGGUUCUCUUUGUUGCGCCUCUGAUUAAUGCCCUCCUUGCCUGGUGUGAGUUUUGGUGAGCGGCCCUCUCUUGGCAGGUUUGUUGUGGUGCCGUAUUCUUUCUGUUCUUUAAUAAUGGAUUUGAUGGUGCUCAGUGGGAUGUUCAAAGUUUCAGAUUUUUUUUUGUAACCCAACCCUGAAUUCUCCACAACUUUGUCCCUGACCUGUUUGGAGAGCUCCUUGGUCUUCAUGGUGCCCCUUGCUUAGUGGUGUUGCAGACUCUGGGGCCUUUCAGAACAGGUGUGUGUAUAUUUACACUGAGAUCAUGUGACACUUAGAUUGCACACAGGUGAACUUUUUUUUUAAACAACAAAAAAUGUGACUUCUGAAGGUAAUUGGUUACACCAGAUCUUAUUUAAGGGCUUCAUAGCAAAGGGGGUGAAUACAUAUGCACGCACCACUUUACCGUUUUCAUUUCACCAAUUUUGUGUGUGUCCGUUAAAUGAACAUUUAAAUUACAGGUUGUAAUGCAACAAAAUUGGAAAAAUGCCAAGGGGAGUGAAUACUUUUACAAGGCGCUGUGUGUACGUAUGUAUGUGUAUAUAAGCUCUGUGGUUUACUCAAAUUACUGUGAGCUUGUUUAUAGAGGGUGUGACUCUCUUUUAGCUUUAUAGCCUACAGUUUACUUGCCGUUAGUCAACACCUCUACUAACUUUUCUGUGUUGCGCCAGCUCAUGCUUUUCACUAGUGUACUGUUGGUUUUACAUGCAUGUUCACCAGUUUAGCAAAAAAUGAAUUCUUAUGCCUUGGCAAAUCAAUCACGAAUGUGCCUUUUUGAUUAUUUACAUGAGUAUUUGUUUCCUGCAGAUGUCCUAUAUACAGUUGAAGUUGGAAGUUUCAGGAAUUGUAUUUCACAAUUCCUGACAUUUAAUCCUAGUCCCUGUCUUAGUUCAGUUAGGAUCACCACUUAAUUUUAAGAAUGUGAAAUGUCAAAAUAAUAGUAGAGAAUUAUUUAUUUCAGCUUUUAUUUCUUUCAUCACAUUCCCAGUGGGUCAGAAGUUUACAUACACUCAAUUAGUAUUUGGUAGCAUUGCCUUUAAAUUGUUUAACUUGGGUCAAAUGUUUCAGGUAGCGUUCCACAAGCUUCCCACAAUAAGUUGGGUGAAUUUUGGCCCAUUCCUCCUGACAGAGCUGGUGUAACUGAGUGAGUCAGGUUUGUAGGCCUCAUUGCUCACAUGCUUUUUCAGUUCUGCUCACAAUUUUAUUUUUAUAGGAUUGAGGUCAGGGCUUUGUGAUGGCCACUCCAAUACCUUGACUUUGUUGUCCUUAAGCCAACUUUGGAAGUAUGCUUGGGGUCAUUGUCCACUUGGAAGACCCAUUUGUGACCAAGCUUUAACUUCUUGACUGAUGUCUUGAUGUUGCUUCAAUAUUUCCACACAAUUUUCCUUCCUCGUGAUGCCCUCUAUUUUGUGAAGUGCACCAGUCCCUCCCGCAGCAAAGCACACCCACAACAUGAUGCUGUCACCCCCGUGCUUCCCGGUUGGGAUGGUGUUCUUCGGCUUGCAAGCUUCCCCCUUUUUCCUCCAAACAUAACAAUGGUCAUUAUGGCCAAACAUUUCUAUUUUUGUUUCAUCAGACCAGAGGACAUUUCUCCAAAAAGUAUGAUCUUUGUCCCCAUGACCAGUUGCAAACCGUAGUCUGGCUUUUUUUAUGGCGGUUUUGGAGCAGUGGCUUCUUCCUUGCUGAGCGGCCUUUCAGUUUAUGUCGAUAUUGGACUCGUUUUACUUUUGUACCUGUUUCCUCCAGCAUCUUCACAAGGUCCUUUGCUGUUGUUCUGGGAUUGAUUUGCACUUUUCUCACCAAAGUAUGUUAAUCUCUAGGAGACAGAACGCAUCUCCUACCUGAGCGGUAUGACGGCUGCAUGGUCCCAUGAUGUUUAGACUUGCGUACAAUUGUUUGUGCAGAUGAACGUGGUACCUUCAGGCGUUUUGGAAAUUGAUCCCAAGGGUGAACCAGACUUGUGGAGGUCUUGGCUGAUUUUAUUUAUCUUGAUUUUCCCAUGGUGUCAAGCAAAAGAGGCACUGAGUUUGAAGGUAGGCUUUGAAAUACAUCCACGGGUACACCUCCAAUAUACUCAAAUGAUGUCAAUUAGCCAAUCAGAAGCUUCUAAAGCUAUGACAAUUUUCUGAAAUAUUCCAAGCUGUUUAAAGGCACAGUCAACUUCGUGUAUGUAAACUUCUGACCCACUGGAAUUGUGAUACAGUGAAUUAAACUGUCUAAACAAUGGUUAGAAAAAUGACUUGUGUCAUGCACAAAGUAGAUGUGCUAACCGACUUGCCAAAACCUAUAGUUUGAACAAGAAAUUUGUGGAGUGGUUGAAAAACGAGUUUUAAUGAUUCCAACCUAAGUGUAUGUAAACUUCCAACUUCAACUGUAUUUUAGCACUCCAUUUGACCGCACAAUUGCCCAUAUCUGUUUCAGUGCCAGAUGGCUGGAUAUUUUAUGCCACUUUGAUUUAAUGUAAAUAGAUCUGUUCUGUCCGUGUACCAUUUUGAUGUACAAAUUUAAAUGCAUGCAGUGUGCAUGAGUCUGUGUUGGCAUUACAUAUCACAGAUAGCUUUGCUAAAGACAUCUGACAUUUUCUUUGAGAUAAAAUAGUAUUGCAUUAUGAGUCAGCUCCGGGUUGAAGUUUUCCCUAGGUACAGAUCUGUGAUCAGCUUCCCCUCCCCAAUUCUAACCUCAAUGAUUAGUGGGGAACAUUUCAAACUGACCCAAGAUCAGUGUCUAAGGGCAACUUCACCCUUCACUUUAUGGCUCGCCUGGUAUAAUAAGAGCUGCUUGUUUUUUUUACUAUGGUUGUAGGUUUAGUGCAUACUGUAUGUACAUUUCUUUAACAAUAGCGGGAACUGUUGAUACCAAAGAUGAACGAUGGGAUUUUCUUUCUCCAAACUCACACACAUCAAUGUUAAUUUCCUUUUAAUGAAUAGAUAUUAAAGUUCUUUUUCCACAAAAACAGAUAUUCCAGGAGAACAUGUACACUGUACUCAUGGAAAUAUUAGUGUUAUAGGGGUUUAACAUUAAUAGUUGGUUCAGUUCUUAUAGCCUAAGGUUAACGUGUGUGUGUAUACAUUUUAAAUAGCAGAACUUUACAUAUAGGGUUGAUCACCUGAAAUUCAGAUUUGCAGUGCUUAGCAAAGUGUAUUGAAA